GGAUGAAGAAAUGGGCACGACUAGGGGGGCAGAAACGACACGAACAGGCGAAGCAGGACGACCAACGAACGAUACACGCGGCGAUGAUGGUGAGUUGCUUCGCCGAAACUCAAUCGACUCGGUUCUGUCCACCAUGGAGGAAGGCCCUGGUCACCACUAUGCCGUGCUCCCUCAUGGGGCCUCCUUGACAGGAUGGACAGACGAGGAGAAGGCAGCUCUCGAUGACCAUGUGCGCCACCUCCUCCACUCGCGACGUGCAAAGUUUAAGCGGACCAUGAAGGGUUUCGGACGCUACGUCCGCAACCCGCUUGGCUUUAUUGUCACGUUAUACUUCUUCCUCAUUACCUUUUGGGGAGCAGCAUGGGUUCUGUUUCUUAUCGGUUGGAUCUACGUUGGCCACCGACAGGACUAUUUUGUCGAAAUCGCCGACCAGAUUCUUACCGCUUUGUUCUGUGUGGUUGGAAUCACAAUGUUUCCCUUCCGCCUCGUCGACACUUACCACAUGGCUUUUGUCGCCUACUAUGCGCACAAAACUUGGAGGGUCCGCAAAGAGAGGGGCCUAAAGGACCUCAAGGAUCACAAUGAGCUACCAGCUAUGCCACCGUCUUCUGCCUGGGAAACUGGAGAAGCGAUGCAGGAAGAUGUAGAGAUACCUGUGUUGACUGCGGAGGAGCAAAAGAAGCUGGAACAUCACCAGAGCAAGUUGGCCAAAUCGCAUACGUUUUAUCGGCCUCACGAAACAUAUACGCACCAUGCCUUCUCCAUUCGCCUGCUCAUCACCAUUAUCGUCCUUCUCGACUUCCACUCCAUGUUCCAAUGUGCCCUUGGUGGCACUACAUGGGGCAUCUACUACAAGGAUCGGCCCAAAGAAGUCACGGCUAUCAUCCUCAGCUUCAGUCUUACAUGCAACAUUACUGCCGGUAUCCUCAUUGGCCGAGGCGACCGGCGCAGCCGCAAGACGUUGGUAGUCGAGCAGAUGCUCCGCCAAGAGAUGACGGAGGAAGCGCUCAAGAAGCUGAGGAAAGAACGCGGUAUCAAGGCAAAAGGUCUUAGGAAUAAGACGGAGAAGAAGCAGAUGAAUAAGAAGUUGGGUCUGAGGACCAAGAAUCCAUUGGACACUAUUGUGCAUCGCGGUUAGACUGCUAGCGUUGUCGCUUACGUCUUUUGUUUUCAAAUAGUAUAGAAAAGUUUUGUGAGAAGACAUGUUGUCGUUGUAUUGGAUUUAAUGACAUAUACCCUCUUUGGCGGUCUCGGUUGCCAUUUCCCUUCACAUACAAUACCAUAUUUGUUCAUUCA